AUGCAUUUCCCGCCAAUAAUCACCCUGCUCCUCGCCGCCUCAGCCGCAGCCGCAGCCGCAUCGCCAUUACUAGUACCGCCGUCGUCAUCUCGCCAUGAGCUCCUCCUCCCCAAGCGCGCCGGCGACGUCACCACCAUCACCGCCGACACCCUGAUCCAAGACAUCACCGCCAUCCACGCCGGCGUCCUCGCCAACACGCGCGCGACGCAGGCCUACUCUGGCGGCACCGUCCUAACCUCGCUCCUGCAAGGCGCCCCCGUGCUCGCCACCGUCGCCGCCAUCCACGCCGCCAACCGCAAGGGCUUCGCCGACGCCGAACUCGCCGCGCCCAUCGACGAGCCCGGCACGGCGCGCGUCUUCCAGCACACGGCCGCCACCGUCGCCGUGUCGAUCCCGGCGUCGGUGCGGGUGCUGGAGGGAAAGAGGGCCGCGUUCGCGGCGGCGGGCAUGACGGGCGUCGUGGCCGCGAGCCUGCGGCUGCUGCUGAGCGACCACGACACGUUCAGCGCGGCGCUGCUGGCCAAGGCGUACGCCGGGAACGAGACGCUGACGGCCGUGGGCGAGGGCGUCGUGGCCGCGAUCCACGACGCCAUUCAGAGCGGGGUCGACGCGUUUGAGUAG